AUGAAUUACGAAUCCGUCGCGAUGCCAUCAGAGAGCGUUGAAACCGCCGAGCCAAAGCCGAAGUCAGCGGCAAAGAUGAGGAAAAGAGCACCCAAAGCUUGCUUGUCGUGCAGGAGUCGAAAAGUGAGAUGCGAUGUUUCUCAGCGUGGCAGGCCUUGUAUGAAUUGCUAUCUAGACAAUGAGACUUGCGUUGUGACCGGGCGAGCAUCCAGGUUUAGAAGAGGCCAGCGCGGUGAGAACGAUGAACUACAAACGUCUUAUCCUCCAUAUACGGUGGAUGACUAUGUGAAUGGGGGGACUUCGGAAGAUUUGGUGAAUUCACGCGUCAAUGGGAAAGUGCCCUCUCUAGGGAUGGAUGAGGAGGAUUAUAGCCCGUCGCGAGAACUACCCAAUUCAUUAAAUCGUACCGAAAUCCACGCAAGCCCGGAGGUUGAAGCACAAAUAUGGACAGGAGCACCACAGCAACAAGCGUCUGAUGGAUUCAAUAAUCAACAUGGUAAUAGGAUUGCCAGUCCCUUUUCUACCGCUCAGGAAACCACGACGUUACCAUUGAAUACUUUCAAUUCCUUCAUAUCCCCUGAGAUCCCUCUUUGGACAGGAGAUCAACGCAUCGCUGUCAAUGCCGAUGUGACAUAUUCUUACUAUCCUUUCCUCCGAGUCAGCAACCUUCGUAACAUCAUGCCCCAGGAUGCAAACUAUCUGGAGUCUCAAGGAUGCCUCCGAGUCCCAACGAGAGCGAUCUUGGACGAGUUCGUGCAACAGUACUUCUUACACAUCCACCCAAUAAUGCCGAUAAUCAACGAGGGAGACUUUUGGGACAUGUACUGCAGCGAAACCUCUACAGGGCCAACCGAGACGAUGUCUCUUGUCUUCUUCCAGGCGCUCCUAUUCUCUUCUUGCAAUUUUGUCUCGAAAAGCAGUAUCAAGGCCUUAGGCUUUCCUAAUAUCCGUGCUGCCAGAGCUAUAUUCUACAGACGCACCAAACUGUUAUACGACUUCGACACCGAAACCUCCCUCAUCGACCUUUCUCAAACAGCCCUUCUCCUUUCCUUCUGGGCUACGAACUGGUCGCUCGCAUCGAAGAAGUUAAACAGCACAUGGCUAGGUAUCGCCAUACAGAAUGCGAGGAACUCUGACGCUCACCUCUAUGCGGUUAAACCAGCUUUCUCGAUAAGCACCGAUCCGAUACAACACAAGAAACAAAACACACUGAAACGGUUAUGGUGGUGUUGUGUGAUACGUGAUCGCAUUCUAGCUCUUGGCGUACGACGGACUCUACAAAUAUGCCGAGCCCAUUUUGACAUCGACGCCAACACGGGGCUGGGAUACACAGAUCUAGCUGACGAAAUAGACCGUUCCAGGGUAUACAACGCGGAAACUAAGAGGUAUCUCAUCGAGAUAUUCGUUCAACUCGGGGAACUAUGUUCAGUCUUGACAGAUGUUGUCACGCUUGUAUUCCCUCUUGACGAUGUACCUGGCUGGGGCCGGCAGAUGGGAUCAGAAGGAGCAGCGAAGUUGAAUGAAUGCAAAGCGGCAUUAAGGAGAUGGUACAAAGGUGCAUCACUUCGCUUUCCAAUGUUCGGUGGCGGAAGUGCGCCGAGGAUGACGAAUACGAACAAUAACCAUUUUCAACAUGAUUCCGUGAUCCUAUACACCAACUUGAUGUAUAUGCACUACCAUUCCGCUAGAGCAGCACUUUGCCAUCACGAAGUUCUACAAUUAGCUGUAGCUUGCACCUCACCAAAUCUCAGUAGCAAUCUUCGCGAGUUCUCCAAUAUUUACGAAAACAGGCACGAGUUACAAGACGCAUCAUGUAGCCUGACGGAAUGUCUUAGAGAACUCAUUCAGCUGCGGCUUGCUCGUUGGUUACCCAUCAGCGCUGUUGCUUGCACAGCCUUACCAUUAGUCCUCCACAUCAUCGACGUAAAAUUAUCCGCCCAAAACAAAUUCAAGAACGGCCAUACCCCUCCCGAUCCACAAAUGGCGGCCAAACAGCAUCGUCUCAACAUUCUCAUCGAGGCUAUGAAGACGUACCAGCCCCAGUACGACGGCGUGGACUAUAUCAGCGAGACCAUACGACACAUCAUCAACAUAGCCCAACUGGAUGCACCGACCAGUGCGGGGGUAGGCUUUUCAGGCCUCGGGAACGACGGUAAGCCCUCAUCGAUUUCCGACUGGACCGAUAUACUCGCAUCUCAGCCGGGUUACUAUCUACGCUUAGCCAUGACGAUGGAUCUCUGUUUUAGCAAAGGCCGGCUGGUGGAAGAGUCCGACUUCCCGGCGAACCUACGGGGGUUAUUCGCCGCGGACUUCAGCUCCAUCCGGGCACUCAGCGUACGGGGAAUGUCCACAACACCCACACCUGCACCCACAACUGCACCCACAACCACCACCACAACAACAACAUCACAGGGCCAUCAAACGUCUUAUUACGUGCCAAACCCGACAGCAAAUAUCAUCCCGGGAACAGUGCGCUCGCUCUCCUCAGACGAGGAUUCAACGACCUCGCCGAACUCCCUCGACAGCCACGCGAACAGCAACUCCGAGUGCCACUUCGACUGCGGCCCCCACCAUCACGACCAGCGCCAGCACCAACACCAGCACCAGCUGCACCACGCGACGGCCGGCGGCGCCGGCGACAUCGACAUGUCGGGCAUGUUCGACAACACGCUCAGCGUCGACCACCUCGCCAACGAAGUCCUCGCGCUGUACGGGCUCAACGCGGGCUCCGACCUCGACCAACCUCUCUACGGCCAGGGCGGGAUGCUAGGCGAGGACGACUGGAUCGAGAAGGCGUGGAGUGACGAAGGCAUCAACGAGCCGGAUGAUGACGAUGAGGAUGGUGAUGAUACUAUGGUGGGGACGAGAGACCAGGAUCAUGGCGGCGGCGGCGGCGGCGCGGAUAAGGAGACAGAGACGGAGAGGGCGCUGCUCGAUGCCCUGCGCGAUGAGGGCGUUAGUUGUAGCGUGUGA